UCCGUCCGUGUGACGUCAGAGCUGUGCGCCGGGCGCUUCCCUGCCCAUGUGUUGUCGGUGAGAGAGAGAGAGAGAAAAGAUGGGGAAGGUGAAGAAGACUCGGAAGAACACGUAUAAUUAUAAUGUGGAUAGGAAGAAGCUGAGGCGCCGAGCGAAGAAGAAGAGUGCUCCGAGGAUCCAAUGUGAUGAGAUCAGAAAUGCCUGGAAUCGCUCAAAAUCACUGGCUGGAAACAUGGCUGAGAUGGGCCUGGUUGCGGACCCCAAUAAAUCUCUGCCGAUACGUGAACGCACGGUGAUUGGUGAACCGAGCAAAGUUCGAAAGCCAUAUGUACUAGAAGGUCUUAAAGCUGCUGCCAGCCUGCCAUCCAAACAGACUAUGGGCAUCUCGAGUGACAUGAUUAUGUAUGUUCGCCACAUGGUGGAAAACUAUGGUGAAGACUACAAGGCAAUGGCUCGAGAUGAGCAGAAUUACUACCAGGAUACACCCAAACAGAUAAUGCGGAAAGUAAACCUGUACAAGCAUCAUCACACAAAGGAGUACCAGACUCUGCUUGCAUCAAGAACAAAACAGUGACGCAGCUAUUGAAAUUUCUUCAAUGAAGACUUAUGUGCGGACAUUUUCCAUUAAUGGACAGAAAUUAAAUCCAGCUGCAACUUCAAUUAUCCAAGGCCCAUCCUGGCAUGAAGCAAACCCAUGACCAGCUGAUCCUAAAACAAUUGUAUUUUUAUAUGUAUGUGUAACAUUAAAUAAGGACAAUGGCAAAGUAA